CCGGGGUCUGAUCAAGCAGCCGGAGCCUGGACGUCACACAUAUCCGAGCCGGACUUUGAUCUCACAGCAUCAACAAAGCUCCAGCCAAGGGGGGGACGGGUGUAUGCGCUCUGCAUCGACCUUCAACAAUUCUUCUCAUUCCAUCCACUUGCUUAUCAACACCAUGUCUGUAGCCUCACUUUGCACUCUCGAAGAGUUCCACUCCGCCAUCGGUCAAGGUUCUGAAGCAGACAGCUUUGCCAUUGUCGAUUUCUCCGCGACCUGGUGUGGCCCAUGUAAAGUUAUUUCGCCAAUCUUCGAAAAGCUUGCGUCCGAAGACCAGACGGGCAAGGUGAAAUACUACAAAGUCGAUGUCGAUGAGGCUCGUGAGAUAGCUUCAGAGGCUGGUAUAUCUGCCAUGCCGACGUUCAUCGUUUACAAGAAGGGCUCCCCAGUUGAUUCGUUGAAGGGUGCCUCGCAACCUGGCUUAACUCAAUUGAUCGCCAAGUGUCACCAAAAUUAAUCGCAUGCCUCAGGCAUCAUAGGAUCCUCGCUACUUCAUCGUUUCUUCCAAGCACCAGAUCCAUACUACUGCCCUUUGACUUCUAAGCAGCAUGCGGCAUUUCUUUUGAUCUGAUCCAAUAAAUACAUAGAUACACGUCGGAACCAAAUUACGUCCAUCCAUCCUAAUGCUGAUUGGCCUUUUUCAUUGAAUUUGAGCCGUGGAUAAUAGCAAUGCAUCUUAGGCUCAAAGAGUGGCUGUGUAUCAGCACAGUUAUCUAUGCAUGAUUCUAUGCUUCAAUUUAAUUAAGUUUGAGAUACUUCUGUUAUCUUUCGCUUAGUAUACUGUCUGUCCGCUUCCAUGUGGACGAUCGGGCAUCUCACGCUAGGACCAUGGUACUGGAAUGCAUGGAGAUUUCCUAUAGGGAAGAGCUUGCUGACUUGAUGAUCUUUGAGAUGGAAGCAAUUUGAGCUAAUCUGAC